AUGGCAGCAACGAAUGAAGCUGCACCGGUCUCCAACAUACAAAUCUUCACUCUGAAUUGCUGGGGCUUGAAGUACAUUUCGAAAUUUCGUACGGAGAGAUUAUCCGAAAUAGGAAAUCGAAUUGCAACUUUCUCACCACAGCUCGAUAUUGUCGGCCUGCAAGAAUGCUGGACAUUUUCCGACUAUCUCAUCAUCAGAGAGCGAACCAAAUCUAUCCUUCCAUAUGGCAAAUUCUACCACUCUGGGAUAUUUGGCGGAGGGUUGGCGAUUCUCAGUCGCUGGCCAAUCAGAGAAUCAUCUAUGCAUCGAUAUUCUCUAAACGGCCGCCCGACUGCUUUCUUCAGAGGUGAUUGGUUUGUUGGCAAGGGUGUCGCCUGUGCAACAAUAGCGCUGCCAGACGGUGUCAAUGUGGAGGUGUUCAAUACACAUCUCCACGCACCGUACGAGAGGGAGCCUAAUGACAGUUAUAUCUGCCACCGGACUGCUCAAGCCUGGGAAAUCGCAAAGUUGAUGCGAGCGGCAUUGGAUCGAGGCAAUCUCGUGAUUGGACUAGGAGAUUUUAACAUGGUUCCUCUGAGUUUUGCACAUGUUUUAAUUGAGAGUCGAGCCCGGGUUCAAGAUGUGUGGAGAGUGAUCAAGCCGGGAAGCAGUAUUGGUGCCAGCAUAGAUCCCCCAGAGAAGGCUCGAAGGAAGCAACUUGGAGAAGAGGACACCCCCAAUGUCGACACGAGUCUGCAAGAGCAUGGCCAUACAUGUGACUCGGUACUGAACACGUGGAGGUGGAACAAAGCUCACCAGGAAGCCCUCGAAAAGGGGCAUGAUCGCGACAUUCCAGGGACUGACGAUGAUCCGAAGGCUAAGCGACUAGAUUAUAUCUUCUUUGGAGGACUCGACAAAGGCUGGAAGGUCAGUCAGGCGCAAGUCGUACUCACUGAGAGACAUCCAAAGUUGCGGUGUUCGUUGAGUGAUCAUUUCGCGGUGCAGGCUACAGUAGAGAGGACCAAGUUGACUCCUGCGCGACCGAGAAGAAUAGAGAGUCGUGGAGCACUCAACGAUUCGAGAAGCGAAGAUCCAAGUCUUGAGGUGGCGAGCUUUAAGGACAAGGACUUUGAAACUGCAUUUUCUGAACUACAAACACAGUCCCAUAUUGGUGAGGACUUCUACAAUGACAUCCUGGCCAUGAUUCACAGCUAUGGCUUGAGGGAGAGAAAACAACGGCGAUGGCGAUUGAUCCACUUUGUCGCGUCGGCACUGUUUUCGAUUGGGAGUUUCAUUGCAGUUUGGUGGUCGCCUAGGAAUUUUGUGUCGUUCAUUCUCAUCCUUGUGAGCAGCCUGGGACUCAUGGCUGGUACAGUGGAUGGAUUGAUUGGGGGCCUGUUUGUUGGUUCCGAGUUACGAGCACUGGCCGAGUUCGAGUGGGAAGUUCGGAAUGCACUUCAACUUAUCGGUGGCCCAGUUCAAGAAGACCAAAAACUACGCGACUGGUACGAUGCAUAA